GAGCGGCAGAGACCUCACGCGCGAGGGAACUUGGCUGGAUGGGCUGUACGCCUGAGAGCGACCGAUAGCCAUGGUGUAGCGGCAUGGGCGAGGAACGCCGCCCUCGCGAGCGGAGCGACCACGACACCUCUCAAACCUCGAUACUGACGAUCUGUUUCGCACUCAACCUCCAGCUCGUGGAAGACUUGCGCCGAGAAGAAGCGAAUAUAGUAGAUCAACAAGCAAAGGCAAACACUGCAUAUCACGAAGCUUGCAAAAUGUGGGGCACCAGCUUGGUUGGCAACGUGGAGGCGUUGGUCGAGCACAUCGUCAGUGCAAGGAUGGCCAUGUUUUUGAAGGAGCAUAAGGCAAAGGAGGACACGGAGGUGGCAGAGUGGAGAUCGGAGAUGACGGCGGAGCAAGCUCGGACAUGGACCCAGUUGUCGAGCAUGCACGCAAGGAUCAGUCACAUUGAAGCACGUCCUCAUGACAUCCCCACCCGAAACACCGUCACACCACUCGAUCUCAACGAACGACUCGCCCAAUAUGAAAAGGAACAGCAGACACGCCGCGACAACGAGUUGGUGGAAGUACUUGCAUCUCUGAAACGGGAGUUUGUGGAUCCGUUACGGGUCAAGGUCGAGAAGGUCGAACAGACCCUUGCAAAGCCUGCAGUGCAUGUACCACCACCGGCACCCGCACCCGCGCCGCCAACAUCAUCUUCAUUAUUAUCGUCGAGCCGCCGCGCACCAACUCCUCCCAGCAGGAGCAACGGGAUAUCCAACCGCGGUCUACUGCCGGGCGCGAUCCCGCUACCCGUCGGCUUCCCUGAGACCCGCUCCACGCCCAGAAACAGCUCCCCACAGAACAUAUCGUCAGAUACCUCCCACAUGGAAAGCCGUCUUCAACACAUCCAAGAUCUCACAAACGAUAUGAACGCCAAACUACUGGACCUGCAAGCGCAGAUGGAGGCUCUAAAGAGUAAGAACAGCCAAGUGGCGACGAACGCGCUGCCCCAGGAGAAGGUUGUCGAAGCUAUCAACGUACUCUCGGAACGGAUCAUAGGCCUGGAUCAGCAGCUGGCGGGGGUGAAGGUGGUCGUCGAUCAGGUCCGGACGUUGCCCAACAAGAUUGAGGUUCGUUAUUGCGAGUUCUCCCCUUUACCUACUCGAGGGUUCAAAUACUACUCCUUCCCUCCCAGCACUCGUUCCGCGUCGUCGCCUUCGAAACCGACGCCUCCCGCGCCGCCAUCGCCGAAAUACAAAAGAACCUCAUCGACCUGCGCGCAUUCACCACAUCCGUCAUCAUGCCCUCGCCCGACGAAUUGCGGUCCGCCCUUGCACCGUUUAGGAGUCCCACUAUUACGACGGAGAAUGGGGCGGCUGGGAGGGUUGUGUUGCAGAUGGAUGACCAGCAGACGAUGGGGUUGUCCGCGUAUUUGCAGACGGUGGUAGAGUGGUAUUCAAAGAGGCUUGAGGACUCGCUACGGAAGGAGCUCCAAAAAGGAAUCGAAAUACAAGCAACAACCCAAGACACCAAGUUACGGGAAGCGUACGAGGGCCUGCACGCCAA